UCGUCUCUCCCAACUCCGAUCGCGAGCGCAAUGCGUUCGCUUCUCCUUCCCCGCACGCGCGCCUUCGCUUUGCGGCGCCCCCUCUCCGCGCUUGCCGGCGCCGGCAGAGGGGACGGGGCCUCGCGCGCUGGCUCCGUGUUCGGGUUCGGGGACAACAGCCACGGCGCGGUGGGCCAGCCACCGCCGGCUGCCGACGCCUACGUGCCCACGCCCGUGCCCUCCCUCCCGCCGUCGGUGAGCGCCGUCGCCGCUGGUCACUACCACUCCCUCGCCGUAUCCGCCGCCGGGGAGGUCUGGGCAUGGGGGCGCAACGACGAGGGCCAGCUCGGUCGCGGGCUUCAUUCCCCGAGGAAUACUUGGAGCAACCCAGAACAGGUCAGAGGAUUGGAAAAUGUUCAAGUUCGAGCUGUAUCUGCUUCAGGUGUUGUUUCAGCAGCAAUUGGAUCUGAUGGCUCUUUAUGGGUUUGGGGGAGGUCAAAGCGUGGCCAACUAGGACUUGGGAAGGACAUUGUAGAGGCUGUAGUACCAUCUAGAGUGGAAGCACUUGCUAGCUACGACAUCGCUGAGGUAUCAUUUGGAUGGGGGCAUGCCAUGGCAUUGACACAGGAUGGAAAGCUAUUUGGUUGGGGCUAUUCAGAAAAUGGAAGAUUAGGAGAAAUGGGUCAAAGCAGUAAGGUACCUUCUGCAGAGGAAUACAUAGGCAAAACGGUAGACAAGUAUUCUAGUUCAAUGAUGGAGGCUGUUGAAAAGAUGGUUGAAGAGAAAAUUCGGAGCGAAGACAAUAUGCCCAUCAUCUGGGAACCAUCCCUUGUUCAUGAAGUAAGUCGUCUUGAGGUGUCUGAUGUGUCUUGUGGGCUUGAUCAUUCCCUGAUCCUCUUCUCUGAUGGCGUUCUACUGAGCGGUGGUGACAACACUUAUGGACAGCUGGGCAGGAAGGCAGGGCUAUCCAAGCUGCUUCCUGUUGACGUGAGCUAUAGACCAUUCUCCGUGUCGGCAAGUGUUGGCCACUCCCUCGCACUCUGCCAUACAUCAACUGAAGGCAUUGAUGAUGUGGAAACGGGCGUCCUCUCAUGGGGAUGGAACUGUAGUUCCCAGCUUGGGCGAUCCGGCCAAGAAGACAUCCCAGCACCGGUCAACUGUCUGAGCGGGGAGAGGCCGGUAUCCGCCGCGGCUGGCCGAGUUCAUUCGGCUGUUCUCACAUCGAGAGGAGAAGUUUGGACGUGGGGAUCUGGCCGGAACGGCAGGCUAGGUCUGGGCAGCUCAAUCGAUGAGGCAGAGCCGUGUCUUGUGGAUACAUUGGAAGGAGUAGAAGUCUUGCAAGUUGCAGCAGGGAUGGACCACAAUCUCCUCCUGGUCGCCGACUAGGUUGGCAUGCUGGUUCACUGAAAGAUGUAUUUGCUCUUUCAUCUGGUCACUGGAACCGAUGGCUGUCAGGUGGUUGAAACCCAACGCUUCCCUUUCGCGAAGAGUCCGGCCAGUACCGUUCUGUGCAUUGCCCAUGCCAGGCCUCUCAUUCAUCUGGGCACCAUUGACCUGUGGAAAGAUGAUGUACCUUGCUCUCCGUGCCAUCGUUUUGGGCACGCCACUGAAUGUUCUGAUACGUUAUCUGAUUUAUGUGCUUUCUAAAGAAAAUGAGCAUGCUAAUUGAUGUGCUGAA